AAAACAAUAAGUGAAAUUGCGAAUAGCGUGUGACCUCAGCGAAACUCACACUUUACAGUCCUUUUCAGCGAAACAACUCCGUCGAAGAUGCUCUCCAACGUUGCAAAAUCUGUCUCUCAGCGGGGGCUUCUUGGUAGUCUGUCUGCGUAAAGUGGUUGCAUAACAAUAAUCAAAAAUAUUCGCUGUCACUAUUUGUCGUAAAACAGCUGUUGAGUUCAUAAGGUCAUCGUUAUUAGUGCCAUCAGUAGUCCCAAAUGGGGCUUCUUAAGUUGGUUAAAACUCUUUUCCGGGCUGGAGCCGGAACAUCUGGUAGUGUCGGCAGUAGUAAAACAUCGGCUAGUCCUGCUGCGGCAGUAGUGCUGAAAACAUCAUCAGCAGACAACACUGGUGACCCAGUAAAGAAAGUACUAACAACUCAACCACAGAGCAAUGGGUAUGCUACGGAGGCGACGUUUGAGACUAGGGCAUUUAAGCUACACAAUCUAGACCAAGGUCCAGCAACAACGGUUACCCUCACCAAGGAGGAUGCCUUGAAGUACUACGGUCAGAUGUACACAAUUCGACGCAUGGAAACGGCUGCCGGUAAUCUUUAUAAGGAAAAAAUCAUCCGAGGCUUCUGUCAUCUGUACUCGGGGCAAGAAGCGACGGCCGUUGGCAUACGAGCGGCUAUGCGACAGGAAGAUAGCUGCAUUACCGCGUACAGAUGCCACGGAUGGACUUACCUGAUGGGUGUUCCCAUUGCCGGAGUACUGACGGAACUUACUGGACGACAAACCGGUAGUGCACGCGGAAAGGGCGGCAGUAUGCACAUGUAUGCGAAGAACUUCUACGGUGGAAAUGGCAUUGUUGGAGCUCAGGUUCCACUUGGAGUGGGUAUUGCUUUUGCAGCCAAAUACAAUGGAACAAAUGGUGUUUGCGUUGCAGCAUAUGGAGAUGGCGCCGCUAACCAGGGACAAUUAUUCGAGGUAUACAACAUGGCUAAGUUAUGGAACUCGCCAUGCAUAUUCGUUUGCGAGAAUAACGGAUAUGGUAUGGGAACCAGUGCUGAACGUGCUUCGGCGAAUGUAAACUACUAUACUCGUGGCGAUACCGUGCCUGGUAUUUGGGUGGACGGAAUGGAUGUUUUGGCAGUACGGGAGGCAACUCGCUUUGCCAUAGAACACUGCAACAGUGGAAAAGGUCCAAUUUUGCUGGAAAGUGCGACCUAUCGUUACUCAGGUCAUUCUAUGUCUGACCCAGGAACCAGCUACCGUUCUCGAGACGAAAUUGCCGAAGUACGCCAGACCCGUGAUCCGAUAACAUCCAUGAGGGAGAAAAUUCUCACAAACGAACUUGCAACGCCCGAGGAGCUAAAAGAAAUCGAAUCGAAAAUUCGUGGGGAAGUUGAUGCUGCUACGAAACUUGCUAAAACAGACAAAGAGAUUCCGCUGGAAGAGCUUGUUGCAGAUGUCUAUGCCAAACCAGACAACAUAACUAGCAUCCGAAACGUUAUUCCAAACGCCGAACUGCAGCACAAGCGUUUGGGACAGGCGGUGAAUAUGUAAGGCAUGCACAGUAUUUCAUCAAUUAUUAAACCUUCCCACACAUGGUUGGUUAUGUUUUUUAAGCAAAGCUAAAUCUCAACAGUGCGAAUAUGAUCGAUGGCAUGGCAAAUCAUAUAUUUAUUGCGUUCAAAUUUUAUUUGAAAAUAUUUACGAAUUUGUUGAUGAAAUGUGAUUACACACACCCGCUAUAUGAUCGCUUCCUGAAAUUUAAUCAUCCAAAAGAACCAGCAAACAAUUGGGUUAAAAAAAAAAAUGUAAUGAAACUAAACUACCGAUACAUUCUUUAACUGUAAACAGAACGGGUUGCGUGUACCUUAAGCAUUUAGUUUGUCAUUUGUCAACAUUAAUAAAUCAGAACAUUCAGAAAGCUCGUA